AUGCCCUCCCCGUCGUCGCAAUCCCUCGAGGGCGGCGCCACCCAAGGCGCUGGUACAAGCAAGCCUCGAUCUUCACACAGAGCUGAGAGUUCCCAGAGAAAGUCAAUUCAGUUCAACGUUGGCGGCACGGAGCCGCUGCCGCAUCGUCGAUCCGUCAGCGCUGCAGGUCACCGACCGCGCCCGCAGCUCGACGUCACCUCCACAGAACGGGAAAUCAAGCCUUCGCCCAGUCGUGGGCCGUCCCCUCCACCGCCUCAGACCUACGAGCGAGGUGUGUCGUUUGACACCUUCGAUAACCCGGAUGCGGCCGACUUCUCCUUAACCCUCAACUACAAACACAAAGGCUAUCAGUCCACCCGUCGCAGUCGAACCUUCUUAUGUGGGACCGACCAGAACGAUUACUCCGACUUUGCGCUGGAAUGGCUCAUCGACGAGCUCGUCGACGACGGUGAUGAAAUCGUCUGCCUCCGUGCGGUCGAGAAGGACUCGAGCAUCGCCAGCGACGCCGCCGUGGAAGCGGGGAAAUACCGGAAGGAGGCGGAGAAGCUGUUUGAGCAGGUGAUCCAGAAGAACAGCCAGAACGAGAAGGCCAUCAGCCUGGUGUUGGAGCUGGCGGUGGGCAAGGUCCAGGAGAUCAUCCAACGCAUGAUCCGGAUCUACGAGCCGGCUGUCCUCAUCGUGGGCACCCGGGGUCGCAAUCUGGGGGGUGUGCAGGGGUUGCUGCCCGGCUCGGUCUCCAAGUACUGCCUGCAGCAGUCGCCGAUUCCUGUGAUCGUGGUGCGGCCGUCGACGAAGCGCGAGAAAAAGAAGAAGAAGCGUCUGGCCGACCCCACCCGCCGCGGGUACAACAACAUUCUGGAGAUGAGCGAGCGGCGCGGGAGCCAUAUCUUCGACCGCAGCACCAGUCGCGACAGCAGUGUGUCGAAGCUGCCCGGCGAGGAGGCGGCGGUGGCGGCCGCGCUGGGGCUGCCUCACUCGUACACGAACUCGCGCAGCUCGCUGUCGACCUCGGAGCGGAGCAGUGUCAGUCACGAUGAGUCGCUGUCGUUGAACGGGCUGGUGGAGGCUGCGACCCCGAGCCCUAGUUCGGGAAGUCUGGAAAACUCGGUGGACGGAAGUGGAUCGGACGACGAACCGACGGUGGUUCACGUGGAAGACGAGGCCGGCGGGACGCCUUCUCCGGCCCUCGAAUUGACCGAGUCCAGCGAUAGCUCGGCGCCUGCUGAUACCAAGGAGGAUGAGGAGGAGGUUGAUGAACCGGAGGUUGUCCCGGGAUUGCCUGACUUCAAUGUGGUUCCUCGGAUUGUUUAUGAGGAUCCGACCGGCUCGAAGCGCAGUUAG